CGUCACCAAGAAGUCAAAUUGUUUUUCUCUCGAUCCUCCUCUGAUUCCGCCAUCAUCAUCGAGUAACUUGCCAAAAAAUCUCUCCGGCGAGAAAUUUCCCCAGGGGAAGAGUUUCCCGUUGACCUAACUAACCGGAGUUACAGUGGAAUGGACUCGAUUGUAUGCACCGCACUGGAGGAAAUCUGUUGUCAGGGAAACACAGGGAUCCCUCUAGUUUCCCUCUGGUCACGGCUCUCUCAUCCUCCUCUAUCUCCUUCCGUCAAGGCACAUAUCUGGAGAAACCUAGUAUCAAUCCCUCAGCUCCAGUUCAAGGCGAAGAACACUGUCUACGGAUCAUCGGAUCCUUCGAUUCAGCUGCUGGAAGAUGCUCAUAGGCUCGAUUUGAGGAUCAUCGCGAAUGAGAAGCUCCGAGGUAACUUCGUUGGCUUGUACGACGCUCAGUCUAAUAACACGACUAUCUCAGCCGUUCAACGACGCGUUCUCGAGCGUCUAGCUGUUGCUCGGUCCAAUGGUGUUGCACAAAAUCUACUUGCUAAAGAGUUUAAUAUCGAAGGGAGGAACUUCUUUUAUACUGUGAAGCAGCUUGAGUCUCGAGGUUUGAUUGUUAGGCAACCUGCGAUUGUGAGAACUAAGGAAGUUGAUGGUGAAGGAGAUUCUAAAACCACCUCAUGUGUUAGCACCAACAUGAUCUACUUGAGUCGUUACUCCAAGCCUUUGGGUUCUCAGCAGAGGUUUGAAAUCUGUAAAGAGGACCCUUCGUUGGAGGCAACUGCUCCGGAAGAUAGUACACAGUCCGAGAUUACAAAAGAGGAUACGCUCAUUAAAGAUUUUCUACCAGCUAUGCAGGCUAUUUGUGAUAAGCUUGAAGAAGCUAAUGACAAGGUUCUAGUAGUCUCAGACGUCAAGCAAGACCUUGGUUAUCUGGGAUCACAUUCAAGGCAUAGAGCUUGGAGAAGUGUUUGUCGCCGAUUGACAGAUUCUCAUGUAGUAGAGGAGUUUGAUGCUGUGGUGAACAAUAGGGUGGAAAGAUGCCUCCGUUUGCUAAAAAGUUUUUCAGCAAAAGAUUUUACCUAUUGUGGGAAAAAGCAAUUCCUGAAAUUUGGAAGGAGUACUCAAAAAACAGAACAAACUUUGGAGCUUCCCAUAGAUAAUCAAAUUUAUGAUAUGGUUGAUGCUGAAGGAUCUAAAGGCUUAGCUGUAAUGGAGGUAUGCGAAAGGCUUGGACUUGAUAAGAAGAAGAGCUAUUCUCGGCUUCAUAGUAUCUGUUCACGAGUCGGGAUGCAUCUACAGGCAGAAAGCCACAAAAAGACUAGAGUGUUUCGAGUUUGGACCUCUCGUAAUGCUGGGACCGAUUCUGCUAAUUUGUUUCCUGAUAAAGCUGAAACGAUUAGCAGGGAAAGUAGCGUACCAAUUAAUGAUUCCAGCACACCUCAUGUUACUGGUGGAUUGGCUCAGCCUUUCAUCGAACACAGUCUUACAGUGGCUGAUGCUGACUUUGCUACGCCUCCACGGUUAACUGAUUCUGAAUGCAACUCAGGAGUUCUCCGAGUUGCUACACCUGUAAGGUUAACUGAUUCUGAAAGAAGUUCAGGAGUUCUCCAUUGUUCCCCAUCUAAUGCCACAAGAAGAAAUGUGCUUGCAUGUCGUAACUUGCAAGAAUCAUUCCAUGAGAUCGGUGAUAAGGUUGUUGAUACUGCAAUGGGGUCCCCUGAUUUGGCUUUAUCAGAAAUGAACCAUCUCGGUCUACCGAAGCCGUCAAAACUAAAAGUGCAUCAGCAAAUUCCUAUCACUGUUGAAAACGCUCGAAGAGAACGGAGGAUACUUGAGCGCUUAAAUGAGGAGAAGUUUGUUUUGAGAGCCGAACUACACAAGUGGCUUGUCAGCCUUGAGAAGGACAGGAGCACCAAGGUGGAUCGAAAAACCAUUGACAGACUUCUUAAAAGGCUUCAACAAGAAGGACUCUGUGAAUGCAUGGCCGUUAGUGUCCCAAAUGUAACUAAUUGUGGUCGUAAUCGUAGCUCUGUGAUAGUUUUGCAUCCGUCUGUUCAAAAAUUGACUCCAGAAGAAUUUGGUGUUAUUCAUGAUAGGAUUAGGUCUUUUGAACUAGGACUCCGUGGCCAGAGUUUGUCAAAGAGAAAAAACAACGAACCAAUUCCGAUAUUGAAUGACAUUCAGAGAGGUCAAAGUAAUGUGGAUUUGGAUGCACGAGCUAGCAAAUCAGGAGCCAUGCGAGCCAACGGGUUUGUGCUUGCAAAGAUGGUUCGCGUGAAGCUCCUACAUUGUUUCCUUUGGGACUACUUUAGCUCUUUACCUGGCUGGGACAAUGCCUUUUCUUCUUUACAUGAUCAUAAAUUUGAGAAUUUGUUUGCACUUGAAGAUGCUUUUAGAGCCAUGCCACUCGAACUGUUUUUACAAGUUGUUGGAUCUACUCAGAAAGCUGAUGAUAUGAUGAAGAAAUGCAAACAGGCUAUGCGUCUUUCCGAGCUUCCUAGCGAAGAGUAUAAGCUUCUAAUGGAUACUCUUGCGACUGGUAGAUUAUCAAUGCUUAUUGAUAUUUUACGUCGAUUAAAGUUGAUUCAGAUGGUAAGUAAUAGAUUCAGACAUGCCGAGGUUGAAGAGAAGUAUGCCAAUUUGACACAUGCAAUGGAGCUUAUGCCUUAUAUAGAGGAACCUGUGUUUGUUGCUGCCACACCAAGUAUCAUGUCUCUUGAUCUUCGUCCUCGUAUUCGGCAUGACUUUAUUCUAUCAAAUAGAGAUGCUGUAGAUGAAUAUUGGCUAACUUUAGAGUAUUGCUAUGCCGCUGCUGAUCACAGAGCUGCUAAGCAAGCAUUUCCAGGAUCUGUUGUUCAAGAGGUUUUCCGUUUUCGUUCUUGGGCCUCAGACUGCGUCAUGACAGCAGAGCAGCGUGCUAAGCUCUUACAGCGUAUUGCAACUGAUGAGAAGGAAAAACUCUCAUUCAAAGAGUGUGAGAAGAUCGCUAAGGAUCUGAACCUGACCUUAGAGCAGGUUAUGCAUGUCUAUCAUGCGAAGCGUGGAAGGCGCUUGAAAUCAAAAGAUAAAAACCAAGCUGUCGAAAAUAGCCCUUCUCCAUCUUAUGGGAAAAGAAAAAGAGAAGCUCCCGUAAAGACCACUGGAAAAGGUGUCAGAUCCAAAACAAUAGAUGGCCAGAAGGUUCUAAAUUCAGAUGCUAGUGAUGCCUCAAAUAGUGAGAAUAUUCUAAACACGAUACAAGAAGACCAAACCUGCAUUCCGAUGAAUCAACAAGAAGAUGAAGAGAUAAGGAAUGUUACUGAAGAUGAGGGUCAGUAUUCUUCUCUAAUCAACCGGUAUGCAAGUUUGAAGACCACAUCAACUCCUGCACAAAGAUUUUCCUGGACAGAUGAGGCGGAUAGGAAAUUGUUGAGUCAGUAUGUUAGACAACGCGCAGCUCAGGGGGCAAGAUUUCAUGGAGUAAACUGGGCUGCAGUUCGUGAACUGCCUGCACCUCCUUUAGCUUGCAAGCGACGGACUCAAACAUUGAUGAAGAAUGAUAAAUUUCGGAAGGCAGUCAUGAGGCUUUGCAAUAUACUUAGUGAGCGCUAUGCAAGACAUCUCGAGACGAAACAGAAGUGUUUGCCUGAGAGCAGUAGUUCACAUCUUCUUGUUAGAACGGAUUCUGGUUGUGUUGAGCAUGGUAAAGAUAUUUUUUCUGAUGAUGAGAAAUGGGAUGACUUCAGUGAAAAUAGUAUACGUCAAGCCUUUAAUGAUAUUCUUGAGCUCAAGAAGAUGGCUAAACUGGUGGCCCCCAAACGUACGAAACCCAGCUCUCGGGAAUGGUCAAACAGAGAUAUAGUUGAUGAGGGGAGUGAAACUGUUCCACUUGCUGCAAUUCGCUCAGAGAACAUUCAAAAUCCUUGUGUGGAUCAAGUUAAAGAUACAUCUCGACGAUCAGGGCACUAUCGUCUUCAUCAAACUAUUAACCCUUUAGAUGGAGACGACAAUGGUAAUAUACAAGUACGGAAAUCUCUGGCAGUUUCUACUGCUGUAGAGCUGUUAAAGCUUGUCUUUCUGAGCAUGCCCACUGCACUUGGUAUGCCAAAUCUGCUGGAAGAUACAUUAAGACGAUAUUCAGAGAGAGACCUGUUUACAGCCUAUAGCUACCUCCGAGACAAGAAGUUCCUGGUUGGUGGAAGUGGUGGACAGCCAUUUGUGCUUUCUCAGAACUUUUUACAUAGUAUGUCAAAGUCUCCAUUCCCGGUUAAUACUGGGACAAGAGCAGCCAAGUUCUCCAGUUGGCUUCUAGAUAAUGAAAGAGACCUGAUGGCUGAGGGAGUCGCUCUCACUUCGGAUUUGCAAUGUGGCGAUGUAUUGAAUUUCUUUUCACUGGUUUCGUCUGGUGAGCUCUCUAUAUCUGUAUCCCUGCCGGAAGAAGGUGUUGGAGAGCCCGGAGAUCGAAGAGGUUUAAAACGUAGAGCUGAUGAGAUAGAAGAACCCGAAGCUGAUAGUGCUAAGAAACAAAAGCUACUCGGCGAAGGUGAAAUCAAUUUCCGAAAGGAAAAGGGUUUCCCUGGUAUAUCAGUAUCUGUUCGACGUGUAAGUCUACAAACAGCUAACGCAAUAGAGUUGUUUAAAGACGAUGACUCUCGCACUGAUGAACUUCACUUCAACCGGGGGGAAACAAAUUGUGGCUGUGAACCUGAUGAUUUGAAGGAACUUUUCGACUCUACAGAUGCUACCGUCAUACCGAGUAGUCUAGGUGAUUCUCCCUGGAAAGCGGUGGCCAAUUAUGCUAAUGUUGUUAUGGCCAAAUCUGCAGGCGAGCAAGUGAGUGUAUUCAGUCCUGGUGUUUUUGAAACCGUGUCCAAUGCCCUUCAGAAGGCUGGUGACCAAGGUCUGAGUAUUGAAGAAGUCCACCGUCUUAUUGAUAUUCCAGGCCAGGAAACUUCUGAUUGUGUUGUAAAUGUCCUUCAAACAUUUCGGAUAGCUUUGAAGGUAAAUGGGUAUGAUAAUUCCCGUCUUGUCCAUUCCUUCUACCGAUCGAAGUACUUCUUGACAUUUGAGGAAGGUAAAACCUCAGAGGAUAAUCUUCAACGGCCUCUACCAGUGAAUUACCUAGAGAAAGCUGUUGGGGAACAUAGGUCAAACGAUGCCUCUAGGAUCAGCAUUGCUUCACAGGACGAGCGUGAGCACGUUGCUGGUAACAGCGUUCACAAGGUUACGAUUCUUAACCUUCCUGAAACUGCUCAAACAAGCGGUUUGCACGAAGCCCCAUCUGUUACAUUUGGAAUGAGUUUUGGAGGUGAAACAAAGGAGCUGACUUGUGAGAAAUCACCUAUGCCUAUAUAUCCAUGGGUAAACGCAGAUGGGUCCAUAAAUAAAAUCGUCUUUGAUGGACUUGUGCGCCGUGUUCUAGGUACCGUGAUGCAAAAUCCCGGUAUACCCGAGGACGAGAUCAUAAACCUAAUGGAUGUACUAAAUCCCCAGAGCUGUAGGAAGCUUCUGGAGUUGAUGAGGCUCGAUGGGUAUUUGAAAGUGAGGGAAAUGAUGCAAACCAAGUUCACUGGUCCUCCGUCUCUGCUAACCAGUCUUCUCAUAACCGGCCCCAAAACACCGGAGCUAAUCAGCCGCAAACACUUGUUUGCUAACUCCAAGGGACUCUUUGCCUUAUAAAUGUAGUAACUAGGUUGGUGUUGUGUGGAAGAGGCAGUGGAGUGUUGGAUCCCACGCGAGUGUCUCAUAAACGGCUACAAGGUCGAGCUCCAAAAGUGAAUUACAAUGACAACAGACACGAGUACCAUUUGGCUUAUUAUCUCACAUAUAAUAUUUAUCCAAAAUAGGCUAUUUUGUCCAAUCGAUUCCACUUCCACAAAUUCACAAGGUCCGAAAGCAUCCUUAUUCGCUAUACAUCAAGAAGUUGUUCGUAAAGAUGUCGAGCGUGCUUUUGGGUAUUACAAGCUGGAUUUGCCAUAGUCAAAAUUCCAGCUCUUUUGUGAGAUAAAAUAAAAUUUGGAAAAAUAAUGAGAGCAUGCAUCAUUCUACAUAAUAUGUUCGUUGAAGACGAACGAGAUAAGUACAAUCAAUUUGAUGUAUUGGUUUUCGCACAACCGGAUUCAAACCGAAGUUCACAAGUGGAUUUCUUCACAUAUUCUACGAAUAUGCCU